AUGUUUGAGGCUCUUGUUGUUCUUGCGGCUGUGGCCACUCUGGCUUUGGCUGGGACUACCGAGAUGGUUUGGCAUGAGGGCUUUGCCAUGAGCGGCGUCAGUGUUUAUCCCAUCAUCGCCGCCGAGUACAACAACGGCGGCAAGCCGGGAUUCCUGGCAGUCACGCCCGAUCGAACGGUGGCCAACCUUGCGGAUGGAAGCAAGAGCUCGAUGGCAACAUCGACGUUCACGUCGAUCAACUACCCAUAUGUUCUUGCCGGGCGGAAUGGGAAUAACGGGUUUGUGUUCACCAACGCCUCGUUCACGAACAAGUACGCCUGCGAACUCAACGCCUUUGUCCUCCCAGGCUCACCGGGAAAUAUGGUUCCAUCUUGGACGUAUCGCUGUCUUCCCGGGAGUCACGGGUGGGCCACAUCGUCGGACGAUGGCGGUCUUGUCGUCGCAAACAUCUUCUCCGAGGUUGGCGUCUCGGAGCUACUUUUUUUCACCCCUGACUCGAACCAGACCUCGGCGCGGAUCUCACUCUCCAAGGAGCUUCCUCAGAUGGGCAACAUUCGCCGCGAUCUGGUUGCCUUUAACAGUGUGAAUGAUGGCGUUUUCGUCUCAGAUGGUUCGCUUUAUGCCAUUGUCUCGCCUACCACGGGGACGAUCAUCCAGACCGGCAAGCCUGUCAGCGGCAGCGCUGCAGUCUCUGGCGUCUGCUCUGGCGGCGCCUUUCUGGUCAUCUCUGAUCCUAGCGAUGGCGCAAACACAGUCAUGGGCUAUCACGACGGCAGCUACACUCCAGUCGUUUCGCUGCCAGGGACCAACGUCGUGGCGCAGCUCUCCGACGACUGCUCCACGCUCGCGGCCUUUGACAACGGUGGUCACAAGCUUGAUGUGUACUCGCUCUCGGGUACAACCGCGGUCCAGGCUGCAACUGUCCCCAUGGAUGGCGACAUCACAUCGGUUCUCGUCGCUCCCAAUGGGGCGACGGUUGUAGUCUUUUCCAGAAGCAGUGCGUACUCUCCCAGGGCGGUGACGGCGCCGUUCUCCACCGCUGACAUCGCCUCGCUCGACCCAAAUCCUAGCGUGGAUUUCGCCCUCCCGUCGCACGCCACAAUCUUCUCGCCGCCCGAUGCUGCCACCACCACUACCACCAGCUACAUCUCGAUGGUUUGGUUCGUCUACUCGUCCGACUCUGCGCUUGUUACGUUUUACGAGACGCUGUCGUAG